AUGGGUAACAAUUCCGCUGCUUCAGUCGUGGUUCAGAUGCGAAACACGUUUCGCUCUGUAUAUUUCUGCCUCGUGGUAGGCAUUGGAGGUGGUGUGCCGACCAUCUGCGAGAACAUUCCGAUACGUCUCGGUGACGUGGUCGUGAGCACUCCGACAGGCAACCACUCUGGAGCAAUACAGUACGAUCACGGCAAAGCUAAAUCUGGAGGAUUUGAACGGACCGGCUGCUUGCAGUCUCCACCCACAGUCUUACUGAACGCCGCCAACAAACUUGCAGUAUGUCGAGAUACUACCGAGGAAGGAGACCCUCUGGCCAAGAACCUAGAACGAAUCGAUAUCAGCAAAGGAGAUCUGCAGAAGUACAAGUUUCCUGGGCGCGAAAAGGACCACCUCUAUUCCCCAUUCUGUUUACAUGCGGACGCAAGCAAGUCGUGUGUGGAAUGCGGCUGCGAUGCGAGCCAACGAAUAAGCCGAAACGAUGACAACAAGCGAGUUCAAGAUGAGGCACGUCUGGUGGUCCACCAUGGGACCAUUGCGUCUGGUGAGCUCGUGUUGAAAGACGGUUAUCUGCGAGAUAUCCUUGCGAAACAACACAACAUCCUCUGUUUCGAGAUGGAGGCUGCUGGGGCUCUCAACGACUGCCCUUGUCUUGUGAUUAGAGGAAUCUCUGACUACUGCGACUCUCAUAAAAACAACAUGUGGCAUGGUUUUGCAGCAGCUGCAGCUGCUAGCUACGCAAGGCAACUUUUCUUCUACAUGCCUCUGUAUGAAGUGAAGAUGAAGGCCAAACUAUCUAAUGCAGACUUGCAGAUGGCACACAAGGAAGCCAAGCGAACAGCGAUACUGAACUGGCUCUCGUUGACCGACUUCACUUCGCAGCAAGCUCAACUCAAUAGCUCGCGUCAUUCAAAGACAGGAGAGUGGCUUUUGCGCUCGACAGAGUUCAGAAGGUGGCUCGAAACUACCAAGCAGAUUUUGUUCUGCACAGGUAAACCCGGGGCGGGCAAAACUGUAAUGACUUCCAUGGUCAUAGACGAUCUACAACGAAAAUUUCAGGGCAGGUCAGACAUCGGCAUCGCUUACAUCUAUUGCAACUUUGAGCAACAUGAUGAACAAAGGACCGAUCGUCUUCUAGCAGGUCUUCUGAAGCAACUGGUCCAGCGAAUUCCUGUAACGCCUCAGUGUGUUGAAGACCUUUAUCAUGACAGCAAAGAACACAAGCAAAAUGGGCCACUUGCGCAGGAGCUGGUGAAUCCAAUCGUGACAGCCAUCAGCUCGUUCAAAAAGACAUUCAUAAUCCUGGAUGCUUUGGACGAGUGCCAGUCUUCUUCUAACAGCAUGCUUCUCAAGGCACUGUUUGACAUCCAUCAUCAGACGGCUGCGAAUAUCUUCGUGACCUCUAGAAGAGUAUCCCAUAUCGAGAGAGCUUUUGUCGACUGCGUCUCCAUAGACAUACGAGCGCGACCGGAAGACCUGACUGAAUACAUCGAUGCUCGACUAGAAGAGCUGCAGGAGUUCGUUCAAGAUCGGCCUGAUCUACAGAACAGCGUCAGAGACACGAUAAUCAACGCAGCUGAUGGAGUGUUCCUCUUUGCUCGCAUACAGAUGGAUCAAUUGAGAGACUGUCUCACGCCCAACAGCCUCAAAUCAUCCCUUCAAGGGAUACCCUCUGGUCCCGGGGCAUACGCGGACAUGUACGACAAAACUUUAAAGAUCGUCGAGGACCAAUCCGAAAUCAAGAGGAAUCUUGCUUUCAACGUCUUAUCCUGGAUGUUCUACAGCAAAAGAACUCUGACUACACUCGAACUGCUGACUGCUGUUGCUAUUGAGAUUGGAGUCCCUCAUCUCAACCAAGAAAACAUUAGAGGAGCAUGUCCCAGUGAUGAGGCCUACAACCAACGCCUCGUUGAGAACCCUUUCUUUGAUUAUGCUGCAUGGUACUGGGCAGAUCAUGUUCGGGAAAACUCUUUACAAGAAGACGAAGUGGUUACACGACUCGUUCUGCAGCAAGAAAACAUGGCUGCCGUCGCCCAAGCCAAGAUGAGCCGGAUUCUCAGGAGUUAUCAGCCUGGAUACAGUCAAAAGUUCUUGGGAAGUAUGAAAGUUGGGCACGUGAUAGCACGUUUUGGCCUUGACAUUACAUUAAAACGAUUGCUCGAGAGCGGGAUGCAUCCGGAUGUCAAAGACAAGUGGGGCAGAACCGCGCUAUAUCAUGCUGCGAUAGAAGGCCACGGGGACGUCAUCGAAAUGCUUCUACAGAACAAGGCCAAUGUCAAUGCGCAAGGAGGACCUCACGGCAACGCACUACGAGCUGCUUCACACAACGGCCACUAUGAGGUUGUCAAGAUACUGCUAGAUCACAAGGCGGAUGUAAACCUUCCUGCUGCAGAUUCCAUCACCGCCCUACGAGCCGCGAUAGUGAUGGACCGACAGGAUGUAGUUCGACUUCUACUUGAAAGAGGGGCAAAUGUCAAUCCGAGAGAACCAGGCAUUGACACACCACUCACCACAUCCAUCAACCAUGACCGCCGGGAUAUUUCGAAGACGCUACUCGACAAUGGAGCGAAUCCCAACGGGGUUGAUGGUACGAAACUCGACCCACCGUUGGUAAUCGCCUCGAGAAUGCAUCGUUUGCACAUCGUAAAACUACUGCUAGAAGCAGGAGCGGCGAUCGACAAGACAAGUGGAAGGGGAAUCACACCACUUGCAGCGGCUGCAGGAAAAGGACAUUUCGCCGUUGUAAAAGUGCUACUAGAUCGCCGUCCCAAGGUCGACAUGCUAGUCGGCGACACCAAAACGACAGUACUUCUGAUGGUUUCUGGGCUAGGCUUUGUCAAGCAUGCUGAAACACUCCUGGAUGCAGGGGCAUCUGUCAACUUGCCCGCCGGCACGACGGAAAAGACUCCACUCAUUGCCGCUGCAGAAGCUGGUCGAAUCGAAGUUGUGAAGCUGCUCAUCGAUCGACGUGCAGAUGUGAAUGCUCAAGACAUGUCUUCAAUGUCCGCAUUACACCAUGCUGCGACCAAGGGCCACAUCGAGAUUGUCAAAGUACUUGUUCAAGCCGGUUCCAGUAUAUCGAAUACCGACAGGAUUGGUAGAGACGCCAUCAUGUGUGCCUCAGGCCACGCACGCGGGCACUCACGGACCCACUUUCCCACAACCGUCCAAUACUUGUUGGAUCAUCGCGGUGAUUGCAGCAAAGAAAAACAACUCUAUACCGCUUCGUGGCUGAACCGUGCUGACCUGGUUGCGAGUUUGCUAGGCCAGGGCGUCGAUGUCAAUGCUCGUGGUGGUUUCUACGGCAGUCCUCUAUAUGCGGCAGCCUUCCAAGGUCACCGUAAAACAGUGGACGUAUUACUAGCUCACAAAGCUGAUGUGAAUCGAAGGGGAGAAAACAUGGGAACCCCACUUCUGAUCGCUACUGAGUUUGGUUUCUUGGAUCUCGUCAAAAGUUCAUCAGCGCCGGCUCGGACGUCAACGCAGCUGAUAGCUUGGGGCGGACAGCACUUCACUUCGCGGCUGCAUAUGCUGCCAACAUGGAACUUUGGAACGUUCUAG